CGAAGCCACGAGGAAAAAAUAUCCAAAGACGAUGCUGUAAACGACGAUGCGGAUGCCACCGCAUUGUUCGGAGUAUUUGAAACGAAACAAAGAAUCCGAAUCGGUAAAAUCCUAAAAGAUCACGGACUCUACGCUCAACACAAUAUGGCAAACGAUCUACAGUACGUCAUCACCCUAUCAGCGGCAGAUGAAAUCAUGAACGCACAGGGUGGGGGAAAUGUGGAAGGGUACACACUGGAAAACAUUGAGUUGGAAUACGAAUCCAUCGACAACAUCGAAUUGGGAAGACAGGUAGAAAGGCAGUACAACGCCGGACGGAAGCUGUCCUUCGAACAUGUUAUCCUGAUGAAAAAGACGGAAUGGAGUAAGGACUCCACCAUUAUCAACGAAACGAUCAACGUGCCGCGCAAAAGCAUGAAAGCUAUCGUCAUGUUGUUUACGAACAAGACAAAGACAGACAGUGAAGAAUACGUUUACCCCAACAUCGAAUAG